AUGAAACUCCUAACGUUAUUAACGCUGCUUAUUGGUGUGGUUGCGGCUCAAUGGGGUAAUUCGUUUGGUGGAGGACCUUACGGCGGUGGCGGGCCGUAUGGUGGAGGAAUGGGUCCUUACGGUGGCGGAAUGGGACCUUACGGUGGAGGAAUGGGACCUUACGGCGGUAGACAAUUUGGCGGCAUGUAUGGAGGCCGCGGAGGAAUGGGUGGUUUUGGUCAACGCGGUUUUGGAGGAGGUCGAGGUUUUGGCGGUCAACGAGGAUUCGGCGGAGGUCCAGGUUUUGGCGGAGGCAUGGGAAUGGGAGGAAACCCUGGGUAAGUGCUUAUACAUAACUCAAAUGUGUUCGUCUAAUGUAUGAACAGUCACCUGCUUGCAUACGCAUACCUAAACUUUUAAUGUAACAAACAAUGGUAAAAUUUCUCAAAAUUGUUAUAUUUUAGCGCUGCCAUUGGAUCAAUGCUAGGAGCGCAAGUUGGUUCAAUGUUGUUUGGUUAA